CCAGUGUAGGGUAAUUUUUGGCUGAACCUAUCGCCAUCCAAUCUGCCUGCUCCCCUUGGCCCACCGCGCCUCCUCUUCCCAGGUGCUGAAGCGCCGCCGCCCCGCGCCCGCCCUCCGGCCUCCGCACCUCCGCGGCCCCUUCCUGCUAUCCUGCUGCACCUCCUCCGCCCGCGCCCGUCGCUGCUGCCCUGCUCCCUGCUCUCCCCCGCGGCCUCGCCUCGGAGUGCCAAGCAGCCGCCGGACGGCCGGAGCUAGGGUUUCGGCCGAAAAUCGCUGCGGCCAGGGCGCCGGUCUGUUCGCCGUCUUCGUCUCUCUCAUCGCAUUCAGUGGACUACCCCAGGUUUGAAUGCUGGUUCCGCCACUGGAUACGGUUCGUCUCUCCCUCCACUUCGCUCCCCUUGCCGAGCUCGAUUUCUGUUCAAUUUUCGCGCUCCCUCCCCUUGCCUCUGACACUUGCGAACGCUCCAGAAUUGGAUCGUGCUCUGUUGAUGGGCAGCUUGCGCGAUCCACCGGCGCCGGCGCCGCUCGUUGGGAGAGUUAGGGUUUUACGUGGUUCUGGGCUCCAUUUUGCCUCCGCCAGAGUCCUCAAACCCAGAGAUGCGCGCUUGUUGGAUUACAUCCUUUUGCAGUUGCUGCCAGCAACUGGUUCCUAAUGUUGCUGGCUAACUUCCGUGGAACGGCGUGUUGCUUCCUGAUGUUCAGGGUUGACUGCCAGUAGCGUGAUGAAGUCGUAUAGGCUGUCCGAGCUCAGCGACGCCGAGCUUAGGGGCCUCAAGGCUCGUCCCCGCAUUGACUUCUCGUCCAUAUUCGGCACGGUGAAUCCAAUUGUUGAGGAUGUCCGUGUCAGAGGCGAUGCUGCUGUUAAGGAUUAUACAGAAAAGUUUGACAAGGUCACACUUGAUGAUGUUGUUGUGUGUGUUAUCGAUCUCCCAGAUGCAGAGCUUGAUCCAGCUGUGAAGGAAGCCUUCGACGUUGCAUAUGACAAUAUAUAUGCCUUCCAUGUUUCACAAAAAUUACCCGAGAAGACAGUUGAGAAUAUGAAAGGGGUAAGAUGUAAAAGAAUAACAAGAUGCAUUGGCUCUGUUGGGCUGUAUGUCCCAGGUGGCACUGCCGUCUUGCCUUCAACUGCGUUGAUGCUUGCUGUGCCUGCACAGAUUGCUGGAUGCAAAACUAUUGUUCUUGCCACACCCCCUAGUCGUGAUGGUAGCAUAUGCAAGGAGGUUCUUUACUGUGCAAAAAAAGCUGGUGUCACACACAUACUGAAAGCUGGAGGAGCUCAGGCAAUCUCAGCUAUGGCAUGGGGAACUGCGUCGUGCCCAAAGGUUGAGAAGAUUUUUGGGCCUGGUAACCAGUAUGUAACAGCUGCCAAAAUGAUUCUUCAGAACAGUGAAGCUAUGGUAUCUAUAGACAUGCCUGCUGGGCCUUCUGAAGUUUUAGUCAUUGCCGAUAAAUAUGCAAACCCAGUUCAUGUUGCUGCUGAUUUGUUAUCUCAGGCAGAGCACGGCCCUGAUAGUCAAGUUGUUCUAGUUAUUGCUGGAGAUGGUGUUGAUUUGGAUGCCAUUGAAGCAGAAGUUAGCAAGCAGUGCAAUGCUCUUCCAAGAGGUGAAUUUGCCUCAAAAGCACUUAGCCACAGUUUCACUGUGUUUUCCAAAGAUAUGGUUGAGGCCAUAUCAUUCUCAAAUUUGUAUGCCCCUGAGCAUCUGAUCAUCAAUGUAAAGGAUGCUGAGCAGUGGGAGGAGUUAAUCGAGAACGCAGGUUCAGUUUUCUUGGGCCAAUGGACUCCAGAGAGUGUGGGCGAUUAUGCGAGUGGAACGAACCAUGUCCUUCCAACCUACGGUUAUGCGAGGAUGUACAGUGGUGUGUCACUGAAUUCUUUCCUCAAAUACAUUACUGUCCAAUCCCUAACAGAGGAAGGGCUGAGAAAGCUGGGUCCGUACGUCGCAAAGAUGGCUGAAGUCGAAGGGCUCGAGGCGCACAAGAGAGCCGUUACCCUGAGGCUGCAAGAGGAGCAUGACGCGGAGGAGGAAGAUGUUCCUCCUUGUUUUGAGGUCCCAGCCGAAGACAGCCCUAGGAGCACAAGUAGCAACAAGAGGGGCAGCAGCACAAGCACAACUGGGGCCAGUCAUUCAAAGAAGAGCAAGAGCGCGUACUUCAACAUGUUCAGAUCCAUGGUGAAGCAGAACUCAGAAGUUAGUGGGGCGAAGCUUCAAAUGAUGAAGGAGAGGCAGGCAGAGAAGAAGAUGAAGGAACAGCAGGAAAGCACCCAGCAUGAAGCUGUGAUCCAGUGCGCCCUGGAAGCUGGGAUUGAGCCUGGCAGUCCAGAGUACUUGGCCCUGGGCUACCUUUGUGGAAGUGCCAUCAUGACGCGCUUGUUCUUUAAGUGCCAAACACCUGAACAAAGGAUAGCCUUCAUCAGGAGAUACAUGAAGGCUGAAAAUUUGGACUAGUUGUCUUUCAAUCUGUUGUGCACUACUGUAGACAGGAUUUGGUUUCAGACUAAUUUAUUUCCGUGCUUGGUUGUGUGAGAAUAAUUUAAUUUCGGCUAUGGUUGUUGUGUGAGAACAAUUUCAUUUCGGCUAUGGUUGAGGCCACUGUGACCGUCUAGCUGCUGCCAUGACCCAUUUUAUUGUUCAAACUCGACGUGGGGUUUUGAAA